AUUUGAAUUGUUAAGAUUGUUAAAAGCGAAACCCUCAUUUCUUCUUCCAGCCGCCAAAACCAGUAGAGAAUUUCCUGUCUGAACCCACAAAAUCAGGUGAGAUAGAAAAGAGAUGUCAACCCUCAAACCCGCCACCACCACCACAACCACCACCACCACAACUACCACUACCACUACCGCUCCCACUCCUACAGAAAAUGAAAACCCUCACGUAGUAGAAGACUUCAAUGGAAUGCUCAAGCUCCUCAGCGACGGCUCCAUAAUCCGCCACCCAAUCUUGAUCAACCCGGUCCCCCGGUUAGAUGUCGAUAUGUAUCAUGCAAUCUCCCGGUAUAACUUCGAUUACGACCCGAUCCACAACCUCCGUGCCCGGGUUUACCGAGAUGAUCUUCGCCUCUACCAACCCUACCUCGAAGGACCCCUAAGGUACCCUAUCAUCAUCCUCUACAUUCACGGCGGCUUCGGCGGCGGCUUCUGCCUCAGCUCUCGUACUCUAACUCUAACUGACAAUUUCUGCCUUCGACUCAGCUACGAGCUAGCUGACUGUGUCGUCUCGGUCGACUACCGCCUUGCUCCAGAACACCGGCUUCCGGCUGCUAUUGAUGACGUAUGGAAUGCUCUCAAGUGGAUCCGGGAGACUUUUUGCGAUGGUCCGAAUCCGGUAGGGUAUGGGCGGGUGGUCAUCUUCGGUGACUCAGCCGGGGGGAAUAUAGCCCAUAAUCUGGCAGUUCGUUAUGCGAGUGGCGGCUGGAGAGAAUUGGGCCCGGUCCAGGUUGUUGGGUUUGUGCUAUUGGCUCCUAUGUUUGGUGGUGGUGAAAGGACCAAGUCGGAGUUAGAAGGUUCUACUCAUAGUUUUUUCAAUUUGGAUGCCAUUGACAGGUGCUGGAGACUAGCCAUACCGGUUGGAGAAACAUUUGAUUAUCCCUUGAUGAACCCAUUUGGACCAAGAAGCCCCAAUCUAGAGGCAAUUCUGGGUUGCUCAACAGAGGCACCCAGUUCAAGUCUUGAUUUGUACCCCUCUGAACAAACAAAAAAGAUGAAGCAGGACCUUCAAGUUCUGUUUGCAAAUCCUGUUUUGUACCCCCCUGAACAAACAAAAAAGAGGAGAGGCAAUACCUUAAGAAAGCCAAGGAAGAAAGAUGAAGCAGAGAAGAAGGUUGAGCUGGGUCCUAUGCUGGUCAUGGUGGGUGGAAAAGAUCUUCUGAGAGACAGAGUCAAAGAUUAUGCAGACAGGAUGAGCCAGUUGGGGAUCAAGGUCGACUAUUUUGAGUUUGAAGGUCUGGAGCAUGGCUUCUUGGCUAACAUUUCUGACCCUAAACCAGAAAAUCUGCUUCUAAGCUUGAUCAAGAAGUUCGUCAGGGAGAAGAUAAGAGGAUGUCCACCUCAGUGAAACAAGUAUGACAUCAGAGUCAUUGAGGUAUGGUACGUAGUAUAUACUCACUUCGUACAUAUGUGAUGAAGGUGUUGGGUUUAUGUCAUUUUAGCUUGAAGUUUGUCAUAUGCUGUGUUAAUUACAGUUUACAGUAGUAGUUAAUUACUACUUACUAGUUAGUCAUAUGGCUAUGGCAGUACAAAAACACAAGUAAUUCAUAGGACUGGGGGGGUGUCAAUAUCACAUAAUUCUGACAAGAGAGUUUGUGUUGAAUGUUGAUAUAUUCAUCAUACAUAUAAACUGCAUCCUACACUACUUCUUAGCAUUAUACUACUAUGAAUAACAGAAUUUUGUAUAUGAUGAUGUUUGGUUGCAGUUAGGAAGGUAUAUUUCCCUGA